CUUUGUUUGUCGGGAGCAGAUUUGUCUUCAGAGUCAUCUGGGAAUCGAACACUGCUCAGCGAGUUCCUCAGCAGCGGCUCCGGAGCAUCCAGCGACCCCCACCGAGACCCCCGGCCGAGAGAUGCCGUCCGACAGGCCCUUCAAGCAGAGGCGGACCUUCGCUGACCGGUGCAAAGAGGUGCAGCAGAUCCGUGAGCAGCACCCCAACAAGAUCCCUGUCAUCAUCGAGAGGUACAAGGGAGAGAAGCAGUUACCUGUUCUGGACAAGACCAAGUUCCUGGUGCCCGACCACGUCAACAUGAGCGAGCUGGUCAAGAUCAUCAGGCGUCGUCUGCAGCUGAACCCGACGCAGGCCUUCUUCCUGCUGGUCAACCAGCACAGCAUGGUGUCCGUGUCCACGCCCAUCUCCGAGAUCUACGAGCAGGAGCGGGACGAGGACGGCUUCCUCUACAUGGUGUACGCCUCGCAGGAGACCUUCGGCUGCUAGGGAGGGGGAGGCG